UGCGUAGCUGUCACCUCUCCUCACUGCGACUCUUGGAACCAGACGGGAACCGAACACUCGCACGUCGUCGUCGUCGCACAUUUUUCUGGGCCGCAGUCUCCGCCGAGCAGGACCGCCAUGUCUCUGUCUAACGACCCCAACUACCAGCGGCUGAAGAAGUGGCACCAAGCCCAGUCCGGAAGUCUCAAAAUGAGGGACUUGUUCGCUGCAGACCCGGAAAGAUUCCGCAAGUUCAGUGUGACGGUAGAGACCAGCGAUGGUGACAUUCUGCUCGACUACUCCAAGAACCUCAUCACCCAGGAAAUCAUGGACAUGCUGAUCGCCAUGGCGGAGUCUAGAGGCGUGAAGGAGGCCCGUGAGAAGAUGUUCUCUGGAGACAAGAUCAACUUCACAGAGGGUCGCGCCGUGCUCCACGUGGCGCUGCGUAAUCGCUCCAACACUCCCGUCCACGUCGACGGCAAGGACGUCAUGCCGGAAGUCAACCGCGUGCUGGACAAGAUGAAAGCCUUCUCGCAGAAAGUGCGCAGUGGGGAGUGGAAGGGGUUCACCGGGAAGAGCAUCACCGACGUGGUCAACAUCGGCAUCGGAGGGUCCGACCUGGGUCCGCUGAUGGUGACGGAAGCCCUGAAGCCAUACUCAGCGGGCGGACCAAAUGUGUGGUUCGUGUCCAACAUCGAUGGUACUCACCUGGCCAAAACGCUGGCUCAGCUCAACGCCGAGACCACGCUCUUCAUCGUCGCCUCCAAGACGUUCACCACCCAGGAGACGAUCACCAAUGCCGAGUCGGCCAGGGAAUGGUUCCUUCGCGCCGCCGUCAAUAAAAGUGCCGUUGCCAAACACUUUGUGGCUCUGUCCACCAACGCGGCCAAAGUCAAAGACUUUGGGAUCGACACGCAAAACAUGUUCGAGUUCUGGGACUGGGUCGGAGGUCGUUACUCGCUGUGGUCAGCCAUCGGACUUUCCAUCGCGCUGCACAUCGGGUUUGAAGGCUUCGAGCAGCUGCUGAGUGGCGCUCACUGGAUGGACAACCACUUCCGCAGUGCUCCGUUGGAUCAGAACCUGCCUGUCCUGCUGGCGCUACUGGGGGUCUGGUACAUCAACUUCUUCCAGGCAGAGACGCACGCCAUGCUGCCCUACGACCAGUACAUGCAUCGCUUUGCUGCCUACUUCCAGCAGGGAGACAUGGAGUCAAACGGGAAGUACAUCACCAAAGAAGGAAAACGGGUUAACUACCACACUGGACCCAUCGUGUGGGGCGAACCCGGGACCAACGGCCAGCACGCCUUUUAUCAGCUCAUUCACCAAGGCACUCGUAUGAUUCCUGCUGACUUCCUCAUUCCGGCUCAGUCUCAGCAUCCAAUCAGAGACAAUCUUCACCACAAGAUCCUUGCUGCCAACUUCCUGGCCCAGACCGAGGCUCUGAUGAAGGGGAAAACGUCAGAGGAAGCUCGGAAGGAGCUGGUGGCCAGUGGUUUGUCGGGUGCCACUCUGGAGAAUCUUCUUCCUCACAAAGUUUUUGAAGGGAACAAGCCAAGCAACUCCAUUGUCUUCAAAAAGCUGACUCCCUUCACGCUGGGAGCUCUAAUCGCCAUGUACGAGCAGAAAAUCUUUGUGCAGGGCGUCAUGUGGGGCAUCAACAGCUAUGACCAGUGGGGUGUCGAGCUGGGAAAGCAACUGGCCAAGAAGAUCGAACCGGAGCUCAAAGACGACUCUGCGGUUCUCUCUCACGACUCCUCCACCAACGGCCUCAUCAACUUCCUCAAGAAGAACUUCGCUUGAAUCCUUCCAGGGAAAUCUUUAUUCAUCGCCAUUCCCGGCUGCGGCGUCCUUAUCGGCUUGAUCUGUGACCCCCUCACACCACCUUCCUUUGGCACAGCGUCUUUGGUUUGUGUAGUCCAGUUUCACGUGCACAUGUUACUGUAGUCCGCUUUUCACAAUAAAAGUUGUCCAUCUAUGUGA